CUAAAUGUUGUUAAUAAUUUUGGCAUUUCUCAUGAAAAUCAGUGACAUUUCCAAAAUGCACGGCAAACGAUUUAUGCUAACCAACAACGGUAACACCGGCAAUGCCAACAGCAACAACCACAACAAUUCAAACAACAGCAACAUGUCGCACAAACAAAAAUGGCAACACAUUGUUGCCGGUGGUGGAAAAGCCUCCACGCACAAUAACAACAAUUCAAACUCCAGUAGUACCAGCAGUGGCUGUGAUAGUGCAGCCUCAUCCUCCACCAAUUCUUCAUCCAAAGAGAACAAAAAUGGUCAACAUUUACAAAAUGUUGCCUUAACGCCACAACAACUACAACAAUUGCGUUACUAUCAUCAAUUGCAACAACAACAAUUACAAUUGUUACAACAACAAUUAAUACAAAGGAAGCGGUUGCAACAGCAACUUCGUGAGCAAGGAGUUGAAAUAUCCUCCAGCCCAAAGGCGGCAGGAAAAGCUGUUACAUCUUCCGCAGCUUUGACAUGUAAUCAACAAUAUUUACGUCAAAUGCGUCAACAACAACAACUUUAUCAUGUAAUGAGACCUGAGCUACAACAAAAACAACAUCGAGAACGUUUACAAAAACCCCAACAACAAGUUGAUAACUACAUUAAUGAUAAUUAUCUACAACAACAAUACAAUGAUGGCCAAUCUAAUGCCAUUAAUUUUAAAGUUUUCUUUACAGGACAAAAACCCUAUCGUGGCAUGACAGAAUUCUCUACAAGCAACGACAUCAACAAUAAAUCUCAUCAUUUAUCAUCUCAACCGCUUCAAAAUUCACCACGCCAUCAUUAUCUAGCGUACCCAUCAGCUGGCGCACAGCAGCAACAUCACUUAUCGCCAUCAUCUGCAACUAAUAAUCAUACCACAAAUUUCACCACACAACAACAUCAAAAUAACACACACAACACCACAUUCAAUGCACAAUUUAACAAACAAUUCACCCAAACAUUAAAACAACAACUCAUCAAUAAUUUAACACAUUCCCCAACGCAUUAUCGCAAACCCUUUAACUCACCACAAAAUUCACCUUUCGGCGGUGGCAGCAACGUCACGGCCGGCAUUACUUGCGGCCAACAACAUCUGCUACAGCAGCGACGUAAAUUGCCCUUCCUUACGCACACCCAAUAUCAGCAACAUCUCAACGAUCUCCUGUCGCAGCAGCAACACUUGCAACAGCAACAACAACAAUUGUUGCUAAACAAAGACGCCAGUGCCACCGACGAGGAACUGAGCGAGGAGAGUCUAAAACAGAAUGUGGCCAUUGUUCUGAGCAAUUUGGAUCGUUACAAUAACGCUUUGCGUAGCAUCAUUUUGAAUGAGCAGGUCAAUACGACCAGCGACAGUUCUUCUUCGGUAUUUUAUGACGAGGCUGAUUUGAAUUUUCUCAAUUGUGGCAACAACAAUCAGCAACAGCAGCAACACACAAACAAUAUGGCAACGGCAAUAACUCCCGAAUCGGAUUACAACAGUAAUGCCACAACCCCUGGAUCUCGCAGCAACAACAUGCUGCCGCCCUAUGACUCAACGGCCAGCAACAUGUUGCCCCAACAGGCCCAACAACAUUUGGUAGGUUAUACGCAUAACAACGUUAGUAGUGGUUUAAACAAUGCUUGUAGUGGUGGUGGUGGUGUGGGUGUCGGUACUGCUUAUAUGGGCAACAAUUUAACUUGUUCUUUGGCUUCGUCCCACGAUUUUACUCAUGAUAAUUCUGAUUACCAGUGGUUCUUGGACUACGGCUACAGAGAUGGCUGCGGUGGCAUGCAACGCAGUGUACUCUCCUCAUUGUCGGCCUCGUACAAUGGUCUUGGCGACCUGAUCUAUGAAGAUUUGGCCAAAAACCUCGAUGCCAAUCUAGCCGAAGUCGAUAUGGAAAGUUUUCGCGCCGAAGAUAUCCACUCGCUACUCUCACAAUUACCCUCAUAUUGUAAGAGUUUAGGUGGUAAUCGUUUACAACAGUCGUUGCUGAUGCAACAACAACAGCAGCAACAACAUUUGUUGCCCUCACAACAAAAUUUGACGGCACAACAACUCCAACAAAUGGCAGCAGCUCAAACAAUGUCACAGACAUCGACGACAUCGACAAAUGAUUUGAUCGAUAAUUCAUUUUGUAAAUCGGAAUUGUUAUUUUCACCCGUCAAAGAAUCGCACAUUUCGGUGGAUUCUUUAGAUAUGGAUGGGUAUCCGGAUGAUGGAGAUAUUAUCUUGACAUGUAAGGCAAACAAAGAUAAUUAUACAAUUGCCUUUGAGGGUAGUGUCCUGUAUUCCGAUGAAAGUUUUUAUGAACCCAAUGAAAUUGCCAUGAAGAACAAACAGAAUUGCAUUAAUUUGCAUAGCAAUUUAGAUGAUAUUGUCCAACGUAAAUCUCUGGAGGUGUCGAUGUCAAGGUCAGAACAGCCACAGCCUUGUAAUAAUAUGCGCAACAAAUUACAAAAGUCACAUACAACACAAUUGCAAAGUCUCUAUGCUUUACUUUCUUCUCCUGCGCGUAGAUAUCCAUCGGGUAACAAUAAUAAUGCACCCGAUGCCAUUAUCAUUAGCCGACCGGCAUUACAGCAGCUGACCAAUGCCCUAACGGGUGGAGUACGCAAAAGCAGUAGUUUGCCCAAUUUACGUGACGGCACUCAGGAGGUAAUGAUUUUAAGUCAGACGCAAAUUCAUCCUCAACAGCAGCUGGAGGUGAAACAGCCCUUGAAUGUAUCACAGGCGAUAACAACCUCAAAUAUGGAGGCAAAUUUAAAGUGUCGCAAUUUAUUGCCCAUGUGCCAGAUACCCAUUACAGCCAAUUCGACAGCCGCUUCGAUUGAUGAGCGUCUAAAUGAUUUAGCGCAACAGCAACAGUCCAGUGGUUCUUCGCAUCAUCAUCAUCACCACCACCAGAAACACAACAACAAACACCGAUGUUGUUGUGGCGGUAGCAGCAGCCACAGCAGUGGUUCUACAUCGUCGGGUUCAUCCAACCCACCAGCAUUCAAUCUAGUCAAAUUGUUUAUCAAACAGAAAAGCACAAAUUGCUCUUUGGAAGAUCAACCCAGUGCUCACACCUGUAUGGAUGUCUCAUCGGGCUGCUGGCCAUCCAGUGAUGCCGCCAAUUCUAGCACAAGUUCAUCACUGGAACAACGGCUGCGUAAGAAGAGCAUGAACGAUUCGGGUAAAGGUUCCGCCCUUAGUAGACACGAUGAGGAGGAGGUGGCUGAUGCCUCAGCUUUAACAUUCCAAAUGGAUGCCUCAUCGUCUACACCCAAGAAACAACAACAGCAGCGGCGUUCAUCGCUGUUCUAUGAUGAGGAGCCCAGUAGCAGUUCAACGGGUUCGUUGACAGCCACAAAUUCACCAGCACACCGCAGACGCAGCAUGCCCUUGCGCAAUCCCGCUCUUAACCAUUUGGCAACUCAACAUCAUAAUUCCGGUAACAACAACAACUCCACUGCUAGUCUCUUAUCAUCGGAUAAUACCUCGGAACAAAUGACCCAAAUCCAUUUGUCGUCCGGCCAAGAAGCCUCAUCGUCAUCAGCCUCAUCAUCUGCCAAAGCUGAGCGCAACAAACAGCGUAGAAGUCGUGAUGCAUCCCGGCCCAUUUCGAAUGCAUCCAGCUCGGAAAUGAUAACACGUUCCAUGCAAACGUCCUGCGGCAGCCUGAGUACCCGUAGCAGCUUAAGUGAUCGUUUCCGUUGUGUGCCACCCUCCUUUUUGGAGAAACUCAAUAAUUUGGGCGAGGAACGGCAAGCUCCCAUCUAUGUGAUCUAUCCCAACUACGCGCUGCCCGAUUUGGGUUUCGUCAAGACCUCAGCCACACCCGACGUCAUUUUCUCACCCUUCAACUAUAAGAACUCCAUUGGCAGCGCCACAUCCUCAUGUGCUUCGCUGAAGAAACGUUUCAGCCUCAUGGCUGGCAGCGACGAAGACGAAAUACUCAAGACAAUGGACUACAAGCACAUACAAGACUGGCAUUCGUUGGUUACCCUGUUGCCGGGUGAUUACAGGCGUAGACUAAAACACAUUCCACAAGUUGACGGAAUUCUCAGCCAAUUAGAAUCUGAAUUAGCACAGAAGCCUCUGUUCUGUUUAACUCCGCCCGUCAGACGUAAUCGACCACACAUUUGCGAUUGCAAUCAAUACUUCCAGCGUGAGCAGCCGCAGGCAACAGAGGCCACAGCUGGUGGUGCUUCAUCCAGUUCCGGUUCUAGUCAACAGCCCUCGUCGGGUUAUCGUGGUUCAUCCACAAUGCUAACCGAUUCGGAAUUCGAUGCCAGUUCGGGUAGUGGUGAUAAUCUGAAGCAAAUGUAUGUCUAUCAGUAUGAACAGCAGCGUAUGGACUCCGGAGUGGAAAUGAGUCCCAAAGUGCAAUCAACACCAGUACCAAUGCCAAGAGGUAUUCUACGCAAGAGUUCUUCGGCGGUGAGAAAUAAGCGUAAUUCCAUGAUUGAACAAGAUUCAAAGCAGGCUAAGCUGGAGAAGAGGCGAUCUUUGCAAGAACCACCAAAUCACUAUGCAAUUGGUUCGGCGGAGGAAUUGGCCGAGGUCUUUGAAGAAGAGACACCCGGUUGUGAGCUGUAUGCCAGUCCACAACCACGCAGUGAACGUCUGUCACGCAAAGAUUUGGAUGCCCGUGUACGAGCUGAGAAUUUCCUCUCAUCCUUGCCACGUAAUGAGCUUAAGUAUUAUGCCGAGAUUGCAGCAAUAUUAGAGUCUUCCGAACCUGAAAUUCAAUAUGAUGCAGCUGCCUUAAAGAAGGAGGUAUCAAGGGCUUUGAGCCAACAGAAGAAAGUCUCGUUUAACGAUAAGGAGGCACAAGAGCAGAAUGCAGCAGCGAAUGCAAUGCAAAUGCAGCCACCAGAGGCGAGGCAAAGGUUUUCAACCCCACCCAAUUCACCGAAUAUUUCAAUGGCAACAAAUGGCGGUGCAGGCCCACAAAAUCCAGCUGCAUUACAGAAACGUAAAUCGGAAAGUAAUCGCUUUAAACGUCUACAAAUCCAAUGGGAACUGAUAAGCAAAGAUUCGAGUAUGCUCAAAGAAUUAGCUAAUGAGGAACAAACAAAAAGUGGUGGCUCAACACCCACAUCAGCUCAAGCAGCAGCUAAUGCUGCAGCAGCGGCAGCCACAAAAUCACGUAUACCUCGUCCUGUGAGCUAUCCAGCUGGCAAAAUAACAAAUCAAGCGGAUCCCACAAAGACAACACGUUCACCAUCACGUCUACAGCCACCGAAACGUUACAGCAUGACAUCAACACCUCCCUCAUCGGCAACAAGUGGCGGAGCCGCUGCAACGGUAUCAUCACCAUCAACACCCACAACACCAGGCAGCAUCAGCGGCGGUUCGGCGUCAAGGGCCCGUACACCCAACUCAAGAGUAGCUGUUACAGCUCCGAAUACUCCCAAGAAAAGAGUGCAAUCACCAAGAACUAUUCCACGUGUGCGAUAAAUCUAAAAGAUGACGAAAAAAAUUAAAUCA